AUGAGUGGUGAAUCACUGCUAGACCUUAAAGUGAAUGGCGAUAUGGAUGAUAAUGACGCAAAGUAUUCGACGGAUUAUGAUGCUACAUCAGAAAGUAUUUCUUGUUCUUCCGUAGUAGAAACAAGCAUUGAUCGCACAAUAUCAGAUGCAUCUGUCGAGUUCAUACGUAAAAAAUUUGAAUCUGACAAAUAUCUCCUAAAAUCGGAAUCGAGUGGCUCAAUAUCUGGCUCGGAUUUGGCUAAAUCUCAUGGUUUUACAUCUGGCAAAACUUCUGAUGAUCUAAUCGAUUCAAGACGCAAGUUUCGCAUUCUUGGAUUAAAAUUUCCUGGCCAGUGGGUCAUGAAUGAGAAUUUUUGGAGUUUACUAGAGAACAGUGAAUCUUUCUAUGUAUGGUUCGACAAAACCGCUGGAGGUGGUGUUAAACAUGGGGAACUGUGUGCAGCAUAUGAAACACAGGAAGACGCAAUACAUGCAAUCACUGCAUUCAGCGAAAUGUCGUUUGAUGUGGUACCUAUAUCAUUAUUGGCAUCAAAACCUUUUUAUGAUUCAGUUCCUUGUUCCCGAACUGAUCAUCCACCUACACCGUUUGACAUAAAUCCGUCAGAUGCAGAUGGUUCAAGGCGAUUAUAUGCUCUUCAUUUGUCUUCUUCUGCUGAUGAAACGCUACUUGCAUCAAUAUUCGGCAGUGAAUCGAUUGAAUCAGUCAGAAUAGAAGUCGACCCCUUUACAUUAUAUGAAAAACAAGCUGAGAUUGUGUUUCGUAGUGAGGAAGAAGCAGAUGACGCUAUAGCAGAGUUAGGAGAUGGAUUUGAAAUUGAUGAAGGCGAUCGUCAAAUCACUAUGAAACUAAUGAAAGUGAACGAAUAUGCUACAUAUAUGAAAGCGGAAUAUGAUAAAUUUCUCAGUGCAUACAUCGUACCUCCAAGCAUUCCUUUCGAACGAUCUUCAUCGUCUUCCAAGCCGUCAUCUUCAGUAUCGUCAACAGCGAUUGCAUCUGUUUCAGAAACUGCCGUUGCACCAUUUGUCCUUGCUCCUGAAAUCACAGUUGAGGACGUUACGGGUUUUAUGCAACAGUACGUUGAUGACUCGCGCACCAACUGGGCAGAGUUAAAUGAAGCAGAUGAUCUAUGGAAAUUGUGUGAUGAAAUAAGCAAAUCACGUAAAGGGAUUCCAGAUUCCUUAUUGAAAGCUGCACUACUAAAUGUAUUGGAAAGACACCAACUUACUGUCGAGUCGGAGUGGAUGAAACAUCAUGUUGAUGUUCUUAUCAGGAAGUGGAAGAAAGAGAUGCUGAAUAUGAAGAGUGCUCAGCGUUCUACAAGUUACACAAUGUGUGCUGCGACAUAUGUACCUCAUAAUUCUGUUCCACCAAAAAAUUCUAUGAGCAGUGCUAAGAAACGUGCUUUAGCAACAAUGAUGGGUGUUGGAAAAGUGUUGAACAAAGUACGGACGAUGUUGGCAACAGAAGAAGGGGAAUUAGAUGUUGAUGAAGAUGAGCAUGGAAAUUACACUAUAGAUGGACAACCACUUUCGUUUGAAUCAUGGGCCGAUAUUAAUAAACCAGUUGAACCAGCACCAAUUCAUGAUCGCUCCAAAUCAUAUAUUGAUCCAAAACUGCGGAAAUUGAGGAGUCAGAAGAAAAAAGAAGGUCGGCGAAAAAAAAUGGAAGAGGAGAAGCUUAAAAAGAUGACGGAUGCAAAAAAAGAAUGUGAACAAUAUCAAGGUUCUGUUUCUGGUGAAGAAAGUGCAGGAGCAGAAACUGUUACGCCUGAAAUAAGAGAGUUGGAAGAGGGGGAAAUGUCAGAUAGUUCGUCAUCGGCUUCCACUUCCUCAGAUGAAGAUAUUGAUGAAAUAACCUCUAGACGCAGGCGCCGAAAACGCCGAAUACAAGAACAGAUCUCUUAUUUUCAUCCUGUACAAACUGCCGUAGGUUCAGUUAAUCCGCAGUUUACUGCAUUAUUUACGCAACUUUAUGAACACCGCCAUUUGCUUUGUCGAAUGCUGGUUUCUUCGCACAAGACAGCAUUUGCAUCUGUACUUGGACAGAUACUGUCAUCACCACACGGCAUGACAUCAGCUCAACAGAAUCAGAUAAAUUUAUUCAUCCAAAAUUUUUCGGCACAAAGUUUACCUUAA